AUGCAGUACCGCUUCCUGAACACUGACCAAACUGGCCCUCCGUCCCUUGGGAAUGUGGUGCGCGUUGAGUAUUACGUCAACGAGAACACCUUCAAGGAGAGACUACACCUUUUCUGUGUUAAGAGCCAACAGUCAAGCCUACGCGUCCGAAUUUUCACUUUACUGGUCAAGUUAUUAACGUGUGUUUUCUACAUCAUACGGGUGUGCAUUGAUGACAAACCCAUCCAUGCCUCUUGCUACGGGUGUCCAGAAGAACAAGGACAUAAAUCUACUACCUUGAAUACGGGAAGCAAGACCGAUGAGCAGUUCCAGGAGCGCAUCAUCAACUGGCGGGCGGUGUGGUGGGUAACCGGCCGACGUGGCUAUGGAUCCUGCAAGCUGGCGGGCGCCGUCAUUCGCUGUCCGAGCGCUGCUGCCGCCUAUCUGAAUUACAAGGGAAACAUCUGGCAGACGUUAAGAUCGUUUUAUUUUCUUCUCGAGUUGGUCAAUACUGUACCUUUUAUUCUAACACUAUGUUGGCCUCCGCUAAGAAACCUUUUCGUGCCCGUGUUCCUCAACUGCUGGCUGGCCAAACAUGCUCUCGAAAAUAUGUUCAACGAUUUGCACCGCGCUAUGCAACGCUCUCAAUCAGCUCUCAGUCAGCAGCUUAUGAUACUCUCAGCAACCUUCAUGUGUCUCGUCUUCACCAGCGUGUGCGGGAUCCAGCACUUCCAGCGCGCCGGCCACCGCCACCUCAACCUCUUUCAGGCCGUCUACUACGUCAUCGUCACCUUCUCCACGGUCGGAUACGGAGACUUCGUGCCCGACAUCUGGCCGUCGCAGCUGUUCAUGGUCAUCAUGAUCUGCGUGGCGCUCAUCGUCCUCCCGACGCAGUUCGAGCAGCUCGCCUUCACGUGGAUGGAGAGGAAGAAGCUGGGAGGCACGUACUCGGCCCACCGCGCGCACGAGCGGCACGUGGUGGUGUGCUCCACCAACCUGCAAGCGGACACCAUCAUGGACUUCCUCAAUGAGUUCUAUGCUCAUCCACAUUUGCAGGACUACUUUGUGGUGCUACUCUCUCCCAUGGAGUUGGACCCCACUAUGAAGAUGAUCCUGCAGGUGCCGAUGUGGGCGCAGAGGGUCAUCUACAUCCAGGGGUCAUGUCUGAAGGACGGUGACCUGACCCGGGCGAGAAUGAGCGAAGCCGAGGCGUGCUUCAUCCUGGCGGCGAGACACUACGCGGACAAGACGGCGGCGACCCUCCAUCCUUCUCACUUCCCCGCCCACCCACCCGCAGGACGAACAACCAUCCUGCGUUCCUGGGCGGUGAAGGACUUCGCGCCCAACGUGCCCCAGUACGUGCAGAUCUUCCGGCCGGAGAACAAACUGCACGUAAAAUUCGCGGAACACGUGGUGUGCGAGGACGAGUUCAAGUACGCCCUGCUCGCGAAUAACUGCAUGAGCCCCGGGAUCUCCACUUUAGUAACCUUGCUACUGCACACUUCCCGCGGACAGGAAGGCCAGGCGUCGCAGGAGGACUGGCACCGCUUGUACGGGAAGUGUUCGGGCAAUGAAAUUUAUCACAUUAAGUUAGGGGAUUCUCGCUUCUUUGGCGAGUAUGAAGGGAAGAGCUUCACUUAUGCGAGCUUUCAUUCACAUAGAAAAUACGGCGUUGCCUUGGUCGGGGUCCGGCCUGCCGAGUUACCCGAGUUCUACGAGGACACGAUCUUGCUGAACCCUGGACCUCGACACAUAAUGAAGAAAACAGACAUUUGCUUCUACAUGAGCAUCACCAAAGAAGAGAACAGUGCCUUUGUUGUGGGAACAGGUGCAAGCAGCAGCAGCAGUCAGGAGGGCAGGGCUGAGCCGGAGGACCCUGCCACGAAGGACCCGGAGAAGGGCAUGAAGCUGAGCGAGUGCGAGGACCGUCCCAAGCCGAGAUCAGUUUCUGUCAACGAGCUGCAGAAGAAGCUCGAGGAGGAGGUGGACCGCAGGAGAGAGAGGUGGGAGGAGGAGCAGGGGAAACACCUCUCGGGAGAGGAGGCGCUCAUGUCCUCCACCAGGAAGAACCUCGUCCAGCAGGAGGGGGAGGCCUCGACCGACCUGCGCAAGAGCUUCCCACGACACAAGCUGGAGAGAGAAGACACCACCAAGUCGAACAGUCCGUCCCUGAGUGGAGGCAACUUCCUGGAUGUCCCUCGUUCAGAUACUCUGGGUAACGUGUCUGAUAAGAGGCCAGAGACGCGGCGGCCUUCCAUCCUUCCUGUCCCGGACAUGUUCACGGGGUCGACCUUGAACAUCGCCGGCCAAGAGCGAGGGAGCGACGAGGCCUCGGGGGAGAGCGAGGACGAGCUGGACGACGUGCCCUGGAGGUCGCCCUCGGAGAUGAUCGCGAUCGUGAAGGGGUUCCCGCCCGUGUCUCCCUACAUCGGAGUCAGCCCUACCCUCUGUUACCUCUUGAAGGAGAAAAAGCCACUCUGCUGCCUACAGUUAGCCCAGGUGUGCGAGCACUGCAGCUACAGAAGUGCCAAGGAAUACAACUGGCAAAACCGCGCUGUGAUCCUAGCUGCUGACUACGCUAGCAAUGGCAUCUAUAACUUCCUCAUACCUCUCAGAGCUCAUUUCCGACCAAAGACCUCGUUAAACCCCAUUAUCUUGUUGUUGGAGCGCAGACCUGACGUGGCCUUCCUCGAUGCCAUCUCGUGGUUUCCUCUCAUCUACUGGAUGCUUGGCUCAAUCGAUUGUCUGGACGACCUCCUCCGUGCAGGGAUCAAUUUGGCCGAAAACGUCGUUGUGGUGAACAAGGAACUGAACAACUCUGCCGAGGAAGACACUCUCUCAGAUUGUAAUACUAUUGUUGCCGUCCAGACUAUGUUCAAGUUUUUCCCGAACAUCAAGAUCAUCACAGAACUGUCUCAGUCAUCGAACAUGCGCUUCAUGCAGUUUAGGGCUCGGGAUGCAUAUGCCCUCCACCUGUCUAAGAUGGAAAAGGGCAGCCUCUACACUGUAGGGCAGGGCGGGCGGCGUGAAUCUCGUCGCGCGCGGUCCCGCUCGUUCCGGCGGCGCCCCGCCCCCCGGCGACCCAUUUACUACUCCGAAGUCAUUAAUCAGCUGGAGCGGCGGGAGAAGGAACGGGGAUCGCACAUCUCCUAUAUGUUUCGGCUGCCUUUCGCUGCAGGGAGUGUGUUCUCAGCCAGCAUGCUAGACACGCUGCUGUACCAGGCGUUCGUCAAGGACUACCUCAUCACCUUCGUUCGCCUGCUGCUCGGGGUGGACCAGGCGCCGGGCUCGGGGUUCCUCACCUCGAUGAAGAUCGGCAAGCAGGACCUGUGGAUCCGAACGUACGGCCGCCUGUACCAGAAGCUCUGCUCCACCACCUGCGAGAUCCCCAUCGGCAUCUACAGAACCAUAGACACCAGCAACAUGGAACCCGGGAAUAAUGAUGGAGACGCCUCGGACACUGGCCAUUCAUAUUCACACUUAUACGACACCACCUCUUGUUUUUUAUGCCAAAGCAACCAAAACUCGAUGUUCUCGCUCAACAUCUCGGACGACCCCAAGGAGGGCCACAGCAACCUCAUCGAGAGAGCGGAGAUCGCGCAGCUCGUGAGGUCCCGGAUGCAGAGUCUCGGUCUUCCCCCGGAAGAUUAUGACGAUGUCUCCGAGAAGCGCAAUUCCUUGUCCUUUGUUAUCAUCAACCCUUCCUGUGAUCUCAAACUGGAAGAAGGCGAUAUAGUGUACCUCAUCAGACCGAGUCCGUUCUCGGCGCAAAAGACCUUCGAGCGACACAACUCGAGACGAAAGUCCAACAUUUCCCUUUGUGAUACUCGGCGGCGAAGCACGACCUUCUCGCGACCGCCGCCUCUGACGUCGGCGCCCAAGUCGAACUCGCUAAGCUUACCAGACAGUCCGCAGAUAUCUCCAGGUCCUUUCCUAACGUCCCCAUUAGAGUCCCUUCACGUCCCCAUGUCCCCCAAAACAGGAUUUGUCCGGGGGCGCUCAAACUCCUUGCGCGUCGACGACAUUCUCAUGCGGCGCUCCAACUCGCUGCGCUUCGGCCUCGAGGCCACGCGCAAGAUCAACAGCUUCGAGGAGCUGGGCAUCAGCCCCAUCACGCCGCUGACCCGCGACGAGCGCACGGGCUCCAUCAAGAUCCCCGUCAACGGCUCCAUCGGCCUCGAGGUCACUCCGCCUGAGGAGUGCGGGUCCGAAGCCUCCGUUCCUUCUAUCCAGCUCCAGGGCACCAUUGUCUGACCACCGCCAUCGCCUCGACCGGCGCGUGUAUGGUUCCACAUGGGCGGAGUGCGCGGCUACUCGCCCAGCCGCACGCAGAGACUCUGACAGCCGGCGGCCUCCCGCCCUGCGCGGCGCUCGUCUCUCGGCCCGCUAUCCUGGCCGCAUGCGCAGUGACGGAGGGAGGCCGAGGAAAUAGAAAGGGUCGCGAUGGCCCCCACUUGUUUUCUAUUUAGAAAAUCUAAAAUGCCUCCGGUGAUGUUCUAAGUGCUUUGUUCCGAUUGCAUUUCUCUUUGACAAUAGCCAAGGUUUUGGGGCAUUGGGUACAAACGUAGGGCGAGGUCAGUUUUUUAGUGAAUUACGCAUAUUACAAAUCGCUUUGCUUGUGUGAGUGAAUGGAAGUGACGUGAAGAAAAGUGCGGAUUCAGAUAUUAUUUUUGUUUAGGUUUAAGUCCUUGAAACACAAAUGACUUUAGAAUUUGAGUGUAAGGAUAUAUAUGAUUGCCAACACGACAGACUUUACCUUCUGUGAAGGGGUUAUUGUGCCCUACAUCGAGAUAGGCCACAAAGCUCCUUAUUUCAUUGUGAGCCUAUCGUGUAUGGUGCUUUGAAACUCUGUGGCAAA